UUGUAAUUGUUUGUUAUGCAGGAGCACAUACAAUCGGACAAACAGAGUGCAGAUUCAUGAGCUACCGUCUCUACAACUUCACGGCGACGGGGAACGCCGAUCCGACGAUCAGCCAGUCUUUCCUCGCGCAGCUUCAGACGCUCUGCCCCAGAAACGGAAACGGUCUGAAGAAGAUUCCGUUGGACAGGGACAGCCACGGGAACUUCGACACCAGCUUCUUCAAGAACGUGAAGGCAGGGAACGGGGUGCUGGAGUCGGACCAGAGGCUGUGGGACGACGCGAACACGCGGCGGAUCGUGGAGAAUUACGCGGGGACGAUUCGGGGGCUUUUCGGGUUUCGAUUCGAUUUCGAGUUCUCGAAGGCGAUGAUCAAGAUGAGUGGCGUUGAGGUGAAGACUGGGAAAGAUGGAGAGAUUAGGAAAGUCUGUUCUAGGGUUAAUUGAGGUUUGAAAUGGGUGGUGGUACUACUGUAGCAACGGUUUCAAACAAUGUCGUGAUUAAAUGUGUGAAAUGGUAUUAGGGUAGGAAGUGUGAUAUGGAUAGUAGACAUGUAGUAAACGAAGCCACGUUUAUAGUGAUUGUUGCAAUAAUUUGACGGUAUAUCUUUAGUUUGGGGUAAAUUACAAGUUUGGUCAUUGUGUUUGUUAAAAAGUUCACGUUUGAUCACUGAAAAUAUUUAAUUCCAUUCGCGGAGUUCAACGGAUGGACUAUACAUUCAAGUAAAUCCGAACACAACACAAAGAAUACAACUAUUUUGCAUUAUAAAAGAAAGAUUAUACAACUAAUUAAAUUUCAAGCAAAUAUGAUCCUAUGAAAAAUCAUCAAAACCCAUUGUUAUUUGGAUAUCGAUGAAGUGCGAUUUUCUUGAACAUAUUUUUAGUAUUUUUCAUAAACAUUUAUCGAAAUAAAAUUUGAAUAUAACGCAAAUACAUUUUUGACAUGAACAUUUGGACAAAUUUGUAACAUGGAUUGGGUCGGAUAUAGGGCUGGCAAUUUGGUCCAGGACUGUUUGGUUUUACUCGAAACCGGACCGUAUAACCCGGACCGGGACCGGACUGGGACCGGAUAGCAAACAAUUCAAAUAUCCAAUCUCAUAUUCGGGCUUAGAUUUGAGGUAAAAAAACCAGGAUAAGAGACCCCAACACUCAAAUCCCCACAAGCUCAAUCUAAAAUCAAAAUCAAAUUGGGACCGGACCGGGUCAAGAUCGGACCGGAUCAAGACCGAAGUGUGUCCAAUUCAAUCUUUGGUCUUUAUAUUCCCGAAAAGAUCGGACUGGAACCGAAUCAAUUUGGUCCAAUUUAAUCGGACGGACCGUAUAGCCACCCUUACGAAUAUCUAUGGAUUGUGUAACUCAAAAUUUGAACUCAAUCACAUAGAGACCGAUUUAAAAAAAUACCUUCAUCCAACCUUAAAUGAUAAUUUUAACGAUAAAUACGAGUAGACCAAACUGGAUUGGAUUGGAUUGCAUGAGUACUAUGGGCGUUUUACAGACUUGGCCAUGUUUCAUACUAGCAUAGGGCCCCGCCCGUUGGCGGGAGAGGUUGACUCGUUUGAUCAAAGAGCUUAAUAUUUAAAUAGAGGUUGUACUUAAUUUAGAAGUAUUUGUGCAAUAAGCAAGCAGCUCAUUUUUCCUGUACUUAUAUUGUAAAUGCUUGGGUGAAUGUUUUCUUCUGGUAGUUACCAAUGUAUAAUUAAUUAAAUACCAAAAACAUAUAAAAACAUGUCUAAAAUAGAAUACAUGUACCUAAUAUAUACAUUAUCUAAUUCAACUACAUAUUUGUAAAUAAAGUCUUAUUGAUAUAAAAAGUUGGUAAGUAACAAAGUUUCUUUUAAUGAGAUUUUCGUAAUAAAAAAAGGUUUGUCCUUUGAUGAAGUUUAGAGCAUCCGUGAAAUACUUUUCUCAAUAGUAAUCUUUGUGGUUGAUUAUUGCACAGAGUAUAAAUUUGGAAUUACAUUUAUUAAUGAGAUAGAACUAUUUGCAAAUUGGUUACCAAUUAGUUGAACAAUGUACUCAAACUAUAAUUAUAUCUUCUAUAUGUCAAGCUGCCAUGUAUCAGUUUCAUUGAACGAAGUCAUGUAAUAUUAGGAGUUCAAAAAAUAAUAUUGGUGGAUUGAUUGAUACAGAAUUUUAACUAUUCAACAAAUUAAGUACAUCAUCUAUGGACCAUCACAACCGGUUAGAAAGCAACUUGUUCGCAUUUAUACCAAGGAGAUCCGAUAUUUUGUUUAAGUUGUAGUGAAGUUGAUGGAGUCCCAUCAAUGUGUUAGUAAGCAAAAUGUUGCCACUUAGUUCGUAGAGGAGAAAUUUAAAUAUGUUUCCAUUCAAUAGUGAUCACUCAUGUUAGUCUCUUACCAAUCAACCUAGUGUGAAUCC